UCUCAUGCAGCGGUUAGAAGGCCAGACUACACACAGGGGUCUAAAGAUCCUUAAAUAUUAUGUUAAAACCAACACACUAAGACACCUGAUGUCUGUCAUUUCUGUGGUCCCAAAUGUUGCUUCAGAAAUGGAACCAGACAGGCCGAGUUGAUCUGGAGCCCCUUACUGAUCCGCUAUCUGCAGCAUUGAUUUUUUAAUGAGUCAGAGAUCAAUAGGAGGUUGAUAAAAGAACAGAUCCUGGGUCAGGAGACCCACUUCAGAGCUGCUUUCCAUCGUCUCCACAGAUCUGACAUCUUCAGCAGCAGAAACUCAUUGAAGCGGUUAGGAUGUCUCGGCGUCUGUCAUCCCUGGAGAUCUUGCUCUCCAUCAUUUCUUCUCUCCUCAUCAUCUGUUGCAUCUGCCUGAUCGUCGUUACUUGGAUCAGCCUGAAGCCCAAAGGUGCGGAGGAUCCUGCGCAGCUCUCGGGUCAGUUGGUAAUCACAGCAGGAGCCCAGUUUUCCGAGGAACUGAGAAACUCCAGCAGUCAUGGGUUUAAAUCUCUGGCCUUCGACGUUCAGCAGCUGGUAUCUGAGGCAUUUGGGUUCAGCGACCUGCAGCAGUUCUACAGAACCUGCCAGGUACAACAGUUCAGCCCUGGCAGCGUGGUGGUGACCUUUGACCUUUGGUUCAAUCAACCUAUUGGCACAAAAGAGGUGGAGCAGAAUCUGGGGGCGGGUCUUCAGAUGGCAGGGGGCGAAACCUUGGUGAUUGAUAUCAACAGCAUCCAGAUUACAGAGAAACCUGAACAGACGACACCUGUAGCAACUUCAGCCACGCCCACAACAACCAUGCCCAAAACAGCCACGCCCACAACAGUGACUUGUCCACCUGGACAGACGCCUUGUUCUGACGGGUCCAUGUGCAUUCUGAGUGACUAUCUCUGUGAUGGAGUCCCUCACUGUUCAGACUCAUCUGAUGAAGCUACCAUUUCCUGUGUCACGCCGUGUGAUGGACAGUUCCUGCUGGAGGGCCCAAGCGGUUCCUUCAGAUCCUCCACUGCUCAGACCUAUAACAACAGCAUGUUCUGCCGCUGGAUAAUCAGGGUAAGCAGGGGAUUUUCAGUUCGGUUUACCUUCAGUCAAUUUGAGACUGAAACAAACAUCGAUACCUUGACUAUAUAUGAAGGAGUUGGACCGAACAAAGUUCUAACAGCUGAGCUCUCCGGCUCCGCCCCUCCUGGUACUGUUUGGCUGCUAACCGACCAAUCAACUGUGGAGUUUAAAACUGAUGAGUUCAACAGUUUAUCGGGAUUCAAGGCUUCGUACACAGCAAUCGACACUUCAGAAUUGUCCGACCAGGAGAGGCUCAGCUGCAGCUUUGAGGACGGACUGUGUUUUUGGAGGCAGCAGCAGGAUGAUGAAGGUGACUGGUUCCGAACCAGUGGUUCCACCUUUCCUCCAUCAACGGGCCCCAGUGCUGAUCAUACCUUUGGGAACAGCUCAGGUUUCUACAUCGUCACUGCUCCAAGUCCUGGCCAAUGGCGGAAGAGCUUCAGGAUCCAGAGCCCUCCACUGACUCCACCAACACCGCCCAUGUGCCUGAGCUUCUGGUAUCAUAUGUUUGGUGACGAUGUCUACCGUCUCAGAGUCCUCCUCAUCCCGUCUACCUCUCUGCCAGACUCUGACGUCAUUGUGCUUUUCCAGAAAGAUGGUAACUUUGGUGACACCUGGAACUACGGUCAGGUGACCCUUAACCUGACCUCUGAGGCCAUGGUACAGUUUGAAGCUGUGAAGAACGGAGGCAUGUGGAAUGAUAUUGCUCUUGAUGACAUCACACUCAAGUCUGAUAUCUGUGGCCCUGCCCCCCCUGAGCCUACCAACGUCCCACCUCCAACCACAAUGCCCCCCAUACCAGCUGAUUGUGGAGGACCUUUUGACCUCUGGGAGCCAAAUUCUACCUUCAGCUCUCCAAACUACCCACAUUCAUAUGGAAACAUGGCAAAGUGUCUGUGGACUCUGCAUGCUCCGGAGGGUCAGAACAUUCAGCUCCACUUUCUGGACUUUGAUGUGGAGGCAACCUAUGACAUGGUGGAGGUGCGAGAUGGGGCGGGGCCCAAUUCGACCAUACUGGCUGUUCUCACUGGCAGCACAGGCCCCGCCCACGACCUCUUCUCCACAUCUGGUCAGAUGACCAUCUGGUUCUUUACGGACAGCGGGGGUUAUGGUCGAGGAUUCAGAGCUAACUUCACUGGAGGGGUGGACCUGGGGUCUCCAGCUCCAUGUGCAGCCGGUCAGUUUCAGUGUCAGAUGGGAGCUUGUAUCCAUGGUAACGCUCACUGUGAUGGCGUGGUCAACUGCCCCGACGGUUCUGAUGAAGCAGACUGUGUGAUGUUGCAGGUAAAUGGCUCCAGUCGUCUCCAUUUUCGGGUCGUCUCCUUGCUGUACACCGUAUGUUCUGACGGUUGGAGUCCUCAUCUGUCUGACUUCAUCUGUCAGUACCUAGGACACAGGUCAGGAGAAGUGGCUCUGCUGCCAGCUGGACCUCAGGACUCACCAUUUGUAUCCCCUGCAGUCACCAGUACUGGAACCAUAGAAACAAAUGUGAGUGACACCUGCAGGACUGAGGAGGUCAUUUCCCUCAAUUGCACCAAUAAACCUUGUGGACUGCGCCUGGUCAGCAACAUGACGGGAGAUUUGGAUCAAUCAGAAGUUGGUGAAUCAGCAGACGGUGAGGAAAGAGUGGUAGGUGGAACCAAUGCGGAAAAGGGGGCGUGGCCUUGGAUGGUGUCUCUACAUUGGAAGGGACGCCAUGUCUGUGGAGCCUCGCUGAUCGGCAGUAGCUGGCUUCUGACAGCUGCGCAUUGUGUCUACGGAAAGAACAUCCAUCUGCAGUACUGGUCAGCUGUCCUUGGUCUUCAUGCCCAGUCCUACAUGUACUCUGAAGAUGUUCAGACCAGAUAUGUUGAUCAGAUCAUCAUCCAUAAAGAAUACAACAGACUAACCAAGCACGCCGACAUCGCCAUGAUGCAUCUGCAGCAGCCAAUCAACUUCACCCAGUGGGUGCAGCCAGUGUGUUUACCUGCUGAAGGCCAGAGCUUCACUGCAGGAAAGAAGUGUUUCAUUGCAGGCUGGGGACGAGACGCAGAAGGAGGUUCUCCUGCUGAUGUUCUCCAGGAGGCUCAGCUUCCUCUGAUCAACCAGGAUCAGUGCCAGGAGCUCCUGCCUGAGUACAACAUCACCUCCAGCAUGCUCUGUGCAGGAUACCCUGAGGGUGGAGUUGACAGCUGUCAGGGAGACUCUGGGGGUCCUCUGAUGUGUGUUGAGGAUGGCCACUGGACUGUGAUUGGUGUGACCUCCUUUGGGGUUGGCUGUGCACGCCCUCAGAAACCUGGUGGCUACGCACGAGUCUCAGCCUUCGUCUCUUGGAUAGCUCAGACCAGACGUUCCUCCUCUUCCUCUCCAUAACUGAUCCUGGAACUCUCUAUUGAUGGAUGAAAUGUUAACCAGAACAAUAAAGUUUGAUGUAAUCUUCUAUAUCUGAAAAAAUGCAAUUUCAAUAAACUGUUUUGAU